AUGGCGACUACUUCGCACAUGUUCAUGUACUCCUUGACGAUCCAGCCUCCGACUGCGAUCACCCAGGCCAUUCUCGGUCAGUUUGCUGGGACCAAGGAGCAGCAGAUCGUCACCGCGUCCGGAUCGAAGCUCACGAUUCAUCGUCCCGAUCCUACACAGGGCAAGGUCACGCCGCUCUUUUCGCAAGAUGUCUUUGGCAUCAUCCGCUCGCUGGCAGCCUUCAGAUUGGCCGGUAGUAGCAAAGAUUACAUCAUCAUUGGCUCGGAUUCGGGACGAAUUACUAUCAUUGAGUAUGUGCCGUCUCAAAACCGGUUCAACCGGAUUCAUCUCGAGACCUUUGGCAAGUCUGGUGUCCGCCGUGUCAUCCCAGGGCAGUAUCUGGCCGUGGACCCCAAGGGCCGUGCGUGCAUCAUCGCCUCUGUGGAGAAGAACAAGCUUGUUUACGUCCUGAAUCGGAACUCGCAGGCCGAGCUGACGAUCUCGUCCCCGCUUGAAGCCCACAAACCGCAGACGCUAGUGUUCGCCAUGACGGCGUUGGAUGUCGGGUAUGAAAACCCGGUCUUCGCGGCGCUCGAGGUUGACUACUCAGAGUCUGAUCAGGAUCCAACUGGCCAGGCUUUCGACGAGCUGGAGAAGCAUCUGGUGUACUAUGAGCUGGAUCUUGGACUUAACCAUGUGGUCCGCAAGUGGUCCGAUCCCGUGGAUCGUACGGCUUCGCUUCUGUUCCAGGUCCCUGGAGGCGCGGAUGGCCCCAGUGGUGUGUUGGUUUGUGCGGAGGAUAGCGUUACCUACCGUCACUCCAACCAAGAUGCGUUCCGAGUGCCAAUUCCUCGGCGCAGCGGUGCCACUGAGAAUCCGGAGCGUAAGCGUUCUAUCACGGCCGGUGUGAUGCACAAGAUGAGGGGUGCUUUCUUCUUUCUACUUCAGACUGAAGACGGUGACCUGUUCAAGCUCACCAUUGACAUGGUCGAGGAUGACAAUGGUCAGCUCACUGGUGAAGUGAAACGGUUGAAGAUCAAAUACUUUGAUACUGUCCCGCUGGCCUCUAGCUUGUUGAUCCUGAAGAGUGGUUUCCUGUAUGUUGCCAGUGAGGCUGGUAACCACCAUUUCUACCAGUUCGAGAAGCUCGGUGAUGAUGAUGAGGAGAUUGAGUUCACGAGCGAGUCAUUCUCCGCUGAUCCAUCUGUCCCUUGUGACCCGAUUUAUUUCCGACCAAGGGGUGCAGAGAACCUCAACCUUGUCGAGACUAUCAACUCUCUCAACCCGUUGAUUGACAGCAAGGUGGUCAACAUCACCGAGGACGAUGCGCCUCAAAUCUAUACUAUCUCUGGCGCUGGCGCUCGGAGCAGUUUCAGGACGCUCAAGCAUGGCCUGGAAGUGUCUGAAAUUGUCGAAUCAGAGCUGCCGAGUGUGCCUUCUGCCGUCUGGACGACCAAGCUUACCAGAUCUGACGAGUUUGACGCCUAUAUCAUUCUCUCUUUUGCCAACGGAACUCUUGUGCUCAGCAUUGGUGAGACCGUCGAGGAAGUUACCGACACUGGUUUCCUAUCCACUGCACCAACCUUGGCUGUUCAGCAGCUCGGCGAGGACUCUUUGAUCCAAAUCCAUCCCAGGGGUAUCCGUCACAUUCUCGCAGAUCGCCGGGUGAAUGAGUGGCCUGCCCCUCAGCAUCGUUCGAUUGUGGCAGCCGCAACCAACGAGCGUCAAGUUGCCGUCGCUCUCAGUUCCGGUGAAAUUGUCUACUUCGAGAUGGAUUCUGACGGAUCAUUGGCUGAGUAUGACGAGCGCCGUCAAAUGUCAGGCACGGUUACCUGUCUGAGUCUGGGUGAAGUUCCCGAAGGUCGCGUUCGGAGCUCAUUCUUGGCUGUCGGCUGCGACGACUCGACAGUCCGUAUCCUGAGCUUGGACCCUGACUCUACGCUGGAGAACAAGUCGGUUCAGGCUCUGACCGCUGCUCCUUCGGCCCUGAACAUCAUGUCAAUGGCUGAUUCCAGUUCCGGAGGAACCACCUUGUAUUUGCACAUUGGUCUGUAUUCUGGUGUCUACCUGCGGACAGUACUGGACGAGGUCACUGGUGAACUCUCAGAUACUCGCACGCGCUUCCUAGGCUCUAAGCCUGUGAAGCUAUUCCAGGUGUCUGUCAAGGGACAAACAGCAGUGCUUGGCCUGAGCUCGCGUCCCUGGCUCGGCUAUUCUGACGUUCAAACGAAGGGCUUCAUGCUCACUCCACUUGAUUAUGUUGGCCUCGAAUGGGGCUGGAACUUCUCAAGUGAACAGUGCGUGGAGGGAAUGGUCGGUAUCCAGGGACAAAAUCUACGGAUUUUCUCUAUCGAGAAGUUGGACAACAAUAUGUUGCAACAGUCGAUUCCUCUGUCAUAUACCCCACGCCGCUUCCUGAAGCACCCUGAGCAGCCUUUGUUCUACGUCAUUGAGUCAGACAACAACGUGCUGGCGCCGUCUACCAGAGCGAAGCUGCUGGAGGACUCCAAGUCUCGUGGCGGUGACGAAACUGUUCUGCCACCCGAAGACUUUGGAUACCCCCGGGCCACAGGUCAUUGGGCUUCUUGUAUCCAGGUGGUUGAUCCCUUGGAUGCGAAGGCAGUCGUUCACACCAUUGAGCUGGAAGAGAAUGAGGCGGCGAUCAGCAUUGCCGCAGUCCCAUUCACCAGCCAGGAUGACGAGACGUUCCUGGUGGUAGGAACAGCCAAAGACAUGACUGUCAACCCGCCCGGAUCCGCCGGUGGCUAUAUUCACAUUUACCGCUUCCAGGAGGAUGGAAGAGAGUUGGAGUUCAUCCACAAGACCAAGGUCGAGGAACCACCUCUUGCCUUGCUCGGAUUCCAAGGCCGCCUGGUUGCCGGUAUCGGGUCGUUGCUCCGCAUUUAUGACCUUGGUAUGAAGCAGCUCCUUCGUAAGUGCCAAGCGCCGGUGGUGCCAAAGACAAUCGUUGGUCUGCAGACCCAGGGAUCCAGAAUUGUCGUUAGCGACGUCCGCGAAAGUGUCACGUAUGUCGUGUACAAGUAUCAAGAGAAUGUCUUGAUCCCGUUUGUGGAUGAUUCCGUGUCUCGUUGGACCACUGCCACCACCAUGGUUGACUAUGAAACAACUGCCGGUGGUGACAAGUUUGGCAACCUUUGGCUGCUGCGUUGCCCCAAGAAGACGUCUGAAGAGGCGGAUGAGGAUGGAUCGGGCGCGCAUUUGAUUCACGAACGCGGCUAUCUCCAAGGCACUCCCAAUCGCUUAGAGCUGAUGAUCCAUGUGUAUACUCAGGACAUCCCAACGAGCUUGCACAAGACUCAACUCGUGGCAGGUGGUCGGGACAUCCUCGUCUGGACUGGUUUCCAGGGCACGAUUGGUAUGUUGGUGCCAUUCAUCGGCCGAGAGGAUGUGGACUUCUUCCAGAACUUGGAGAUGCAGUUAGCUGCACAGCACCCUCCUCUCGCUGGACGGGACCACCUGAUCUACCGCAGUUACUAUGCGCCGGUCAAGGGUGUCAUUGACGGAGACCUGUGCGAGAUGUACUUUUUAUUGCCUAAUGAUACGAAGAUGAUGAUCGCAGCGGAACUGGACCGUUCUGUCCGGGAAAUCGAGCGCAAGAUUUCGGACAUGCGGACCAGAGUGGCGUAUUAA